AUGACCACAGUCAGAGCUUUGAUUGCAACUGUAGUUAAGAAAGGAUGGUUCUUGUCCCAGCUUGAUUUCAACAAUGCAUUCCUUCAUGUAAGCAGGCAGUGGUAUGCCAAGCUGAGUGAAGCAUUGUGCUCCAGAGGUUAUGCACAUUCUAUGCUUGAUUAUUCACUAUUCUAUAAGAAAGAAGGCACUAAUGCAAUUUAUGUGACAAUUUAUGUAGAUGACAUAGUUGUCACAGGCACUGAUGUAGUAGAAUUGGAGAGACUGAAGUGUUUUCUUCAUGCCAGUUUCAAAAUUAAGGACCUUGGUAAGAUGCACUACUUCCUGGGAGUGGAAGUAUUGUAUAAGGCAGAUGGGGUGGUAAUAUCACAAAGAAAAUUUGCACUAGAUCUAUUAAAGGAGUAUGAUUGUUUAUCUCAGAGUGGUUUCUCUUCUCCAUUGGACCCUACUGUCAAGUUGAAAGCCAAGGAGGGUGCCACAUUACAAGAUCCUACUUACUACAGAAAGCUGGUGGGGAAGCUUAAUUUCUUAACCAACACCAGACUAGGCAUUUCUUGUGGAGUCCAACACCUGAGUCAAUUCAUGCAAGACCCCAGAGAACCACACCUUAAGGCAACCUUUCACUUGCUCAGAUAUCUAAGAACUGAUCCAACAUUGGGGAUAUUUUUUUCCAAAGAUGAGGACUACACUGUGAGAGCCUAUUGUGAUUCUGAUUAG